GCCCUGAGCCGGCGAGGAGCGGCGCGGGCGCAGGAGGAGAGGCACGGAUUGCGGGAGAGCCUGUGCCCCAGCCUCAGGCAAACGGGAUUUGCUUUCUGCCUGCGGCGGAUUGAGGUGUCCAUGACGGAGUUACCCGAGAAGGAGAAAACCUGUUCCGGGUGAGCCCAGGCCGCCCCGGAAAUGCGAUGGCAGUGGAGCGGGCACCCAGGACUAGACUGAGGUUGAGUUUCCAACCAAGGUGUUGGAUCCUUCUAGUUAGGAUAAAGAACUCUGAGUUGUUAGCUGUGAAAAUGGCGUGAUCUGCGUUACCAUCCCGCAGUUUGAAGGCAUGACAGUUAAGGAACACACGUGGACUUGUGGCACAUGGAAAUGUGUGCACAGAAAAAGGAAAUCUGUAAUUCUUUAGAAGUAGGAAGACAUUCUUCCCUGCCAAAAUGGGUACAUUCUGCUCGGUUAUCAAGUUUGAAAAUCUCCAAGAACUAAAGAGACUGUGUCACUGGGGUCCCAUCAUAGCCCUUGGUGUUAUAGCAAUAUGUUCGACGAUGGCCAUGAUUGACUCUGUGCUGUGGUAUUGGCCCUUACAUACAACUGGAGGAAGUGUGAAUUUCAUCAUGUUGAUAAAUUGGACUGUCAUGAUUCUUUAUAAUUACUUCAACGCCAUGUUUGUUGGUCCUGGCUUUGUCCCUCUGGGGUGGAAACCGGAGAAUUCUCAGGAUACCAUGUAUCUCCAGUAUUGUAAAGUCUGCCAAGCAUACAAGGCACCACGUUCACAUCACUGCAGAAAGUGCAACAGAUGUGUAAUGAAGAUGGAUCAUCACUGUCCUUGGAUCAACAAUUGUUGUGGUUACCAAAAUCAUGCUUCAUUCACACUGUUUCUCCUGUUAGCGCCACUGGGUUGUAUCCAUGCUGCUUUCAUUUUUGUUAUGACUAUGUACACACAGCUUUAUAAUCGGCUCUCCUUUGGGUGGAACACAGUGAAGAUUGAUAUGAGUGCAGCCCGGAGGGAUCCUCUCCCAAUUGUUCCCUUUGGAUUAGCUGCGUUUGCUGCCACCUUGUUUGCCUUGGGAUUAGCUUUAGGAACCACUAUAGCUGUUGGCAUGUUGUUUUUUAUCCAGAUGAAAAUAAUUCUCAGAAACAAAACUUCUAUUGAAUCAUGGAUUGAAGAGAAGGCUAAAGAUCGAAUUCAAUAUUAUCAGCUAGAAGAAGUCUUUGUUUUUCCUUAUGAUUUGGGAGAUAGAUGGAAGAACUUCAAACAGGUAUUUACCUGGUCAGGGGCCCCUGAUGGAGAUGGACUGGAAUGGCCAAUACGAGAAGGCUGUCACCAGUAUAGCUUAACAAUAGAACAGUUGAAACAAAAAGCAGAUAAGAGAGUCAGAAGUGUUCGCUAUAAAGUAAUAGACGAUUAUAGUGGUGCCUGCUGUCCUUUGAACAAAGGAAUUAAAACCUUCUUCACGAGCCCCUGCACUGAGGAGCCUCGAAUACAGCUGCAAAAAGGGGAGUUCAUUUUGGCCACGAGAGGUUUACGAUACUGGUUGUAUGGAGACAAAAUUCUUGAUGAUUCCAUUGUAGAAGGUGUUUCAAGAAUCAGAGGAUGGUUCCCGAGAAACUGCGUGGAAAAGUGUCCCUGUGAUGCAGAAGCAGAUCCGGCCCCCGAGGGCGAGAAGAAAAACAGAUAGCCACCGUAAACGUGAAAUGAUGCUUUAAAGCUGCUUUAUUACUUGAAAAUUGUACAUAAUUACUCAAGAAUUAUGCAAAGAGCCUACUCUGGUGAAGGUGUUCUUUUCCUCAAAGGUGCCCUAGUGCCAUGAUCUAAAUAUUUUUAUUACCAUUUUGAAAUGGAGAAGCCAUUCUGCAUAUGCCUUUGAAUCCUACUCCUUUUCACCACCUUUUCUUCUGCCCCAAAGGGAAAACCAUUUCACCCAGUAAGUCAGAAUUGCAUUUCCUCUAGGAUGUUUUUAUGCACUGCACACUCUGGACCUCACCUGCAGAUGGAGUUCCCUCUUUGCCAGGAGCAACUGCAUGUGAAGCUUUUAUUUCCCCCUCGGUUGAUAUUUCUUACAUAAUAUUCUAGACCCUGUAGAUCUUAAUUUGUCAGAUUCAAUAUAAGCUCAGAUUUUGUUACCUGUCUUUUAAUAAUGCAGAUUUUGUCAAAUCAAAUAAAGAUUAAUGGAUGUUCUGUAAAA